AUGCGCGCACCCGAACCGCCCAAGCGCAAGGUAUUCAACUGCAUAGUCGACGACACCGCCUUGAUCGCUGGCGUUAAGAAGAGCACUCGCGACGGAAUCCGCAAGUGGAUCUCGCAGGGCGCCAUUUGUCUCUUUGUUCCACUGCACACACUCACUGCACUUCACCGCCUCAAGAACGGCAAUGAGCGUAUCAACGCAGACGCCCGUGAGGCUGUUAAGUGGUUGGACGAGAUCACAUCCCUGUCUUCUGGCGAUGCAGCCGACCGUGUUCUACUCGAAGGCGUCGACGAAGCAUACAGCACCUGGAACGAGGUAGAGAAGUUCAUGCUGCCCGAAACACUGCUUUCUAUGGACGACAGUGAAUCUGAUGAAGAUGACUACCACGAGGAUUUGGAGAGCUCGUUCAAUGCGCUCGACAUGUCUGACGAAACUUCCAUGAGCUCUACGCAUAGUCUAGAGGAUGCUGCACCAAGAACGCCAGAGUCGCCGCGAUCGUCCUUAAGCAAGAGCAAGACUGCCAGUCACGAAGCGGCAACAUGCAAAGAGGAUACAAACGCUAUCUCCUUGGAGUCACCAGAUCGCACCGCACGCAACAGCGCAGAACUAUCCCGUGAGGAAAGGUCGCCCAAGCGUGCUGUACCCGCCUAUCUAAAGCCAUUGUUCAACCACGUCCUCUGGCGCAUCAACAAAGAGUCGAACCCAGAUGCAGCGCUUGCCUCCUACAUUCUCCUUACGAAUGACCCCACCAAGCAGAUAAUUGCUUCAAAGUUCGGCAUCCGCGCAAAGCGCCUCGAGCAGCUUCGUGAUACUGUUGCCCGCGAGGAUCGAGAGUACAAGAACCAUUUGACUCUGCACAAGAUCGAGUCAGAGUCCAGCAUCGCAAAGAAGAACACGGCAGUGACACCCAAGGCGGCAGAGCGCCCCAAAUCCAGCCAUUCGAACCAAGAUAAGGUGGAGGAAGGAUCUGACGAUGAAGAUGUCGUUCUCUUCCAACGUGCGCCCCGUGGUCCAGCGGCGAUUACGAAUAACCAGCGUGUUUGGGACCCCAACGACUUUGGCCGUGCCAACCAGCAGCAGUCACUACGUGGAGGUCGCGGAGGACAUGUUGCACCUCGAGGUCGUGGUAUGCCAUCCCCUCGAGGUCGUGGUGCAUUUGUCCCUCGUGGGGCUUACGUUCCACCAGGACCGCCAGCCCGCGCACCGCCUGCUCCUCGUCACGACCCGAAUGCCCCAAUUGAUCCGAACUCAUUCGCUCGCCCUGUCCCUCGAGCAAGCCCGGCACGUGGUGGAAGUGGACGAAAGCUAUGGGAGCCGAACUAG